AUGUGUCCAAAAAAUUUUACAUCUAGCACUGCCCUCAAUCAUCACAUCAAGACCCAUACAGGGGAAAAACCCUUUAAUUGCCCAAAUUGUCCAAAAUCCUUCAUCCAAAAUGGUAAUCUCAAGAGGCACAUGCGCAUCCACACAGGCACUCCUUAUGGUCAUUGUACCAUCUGCCAAAAGCCAUUUAACAACUCGGACAAUCUUAAAAAGCACAUGAGGAUCCACACGGGGGAGCGACCCUACAAAUGUUUGAAAUGUCAAAAGGAUUUUAUGUCUAUUGGUGGUCUCACAAGGCACAAGAAGACUCACAAAACCCUUUAA